UUCAUCCUGCGCCUCUUGGAAACAAAACAAGCUGGGAGCGCAGUCACAUGUUCAGAAGGGAAGCAGAGAACCAGCAGUGGAAGUCGGCGCCGUCUGCACUAGUCCGGGAAGAAGCAGCUCCCCACACAUGGUGCUCCUACGGCACAUUUCGGUGGCUCUGUCCGCCGCCGUGGCUGCCCUGGGCUCGGCGCUCUUCAUCGCCCUCAACUACUUCUACAGGAAGCGAAUGUGGUUACCGAAUGCCGAGUACUGCACGAUCCAGGAAGAGGAAGAGGACCAAGGCAAGCGUCAGGUCUUAGUCCUUGGCCUGGAUGGAGCUGGGAAGAGCAGCAUGCUCCAGCGUUUGACCCCCGGAGGCGUUAAGAGAAGCUGCUGCCGACCCACAAGAGGCUUCAAUUUCAUGAGCAUUAGUGCGCCCGCUUGUCAGCUGAACUUCCUGGAAAUCGGCGGCGGUGAGGAGCUACGGCAGUACUGGUUGGAAUAUCUGAUAAGGACUCACAUUCUGGUGUAUGUAGUGGACUCCUCUGAUCGGAGCCGCUUUCACUUGGCCAAGUCGGAGCUGCACCACCUCCUGAAAAGUCAGCCCCAGCUUCCUGUGGUGAUCCUGGGCAACAAACAGGAUAAACCGAACGCCGUGAGUGUGUCCGAGCUUCACAAAGCCUUGUCUCUGGAAUCCGUGGUGGAGGACAGGAAGUUGUUGAUCUUGGCAACGCAGCUGGGAUCAGACGGAGCCCUGAAAAGCUCCUGCCAAGGCCUGGACAGUUUCCAGGACCUCCUGCUUGAGAUAAUCUAAUUCCUGUGACUGCUCGCAAACCAAGGAGAAAGGAUUAACUGUUUUUAUGAGCAAAGAUGAGCUAAACCCGGCAACUCAUCAUUUUCUUUUAAAGUUCAUUUUAAUUAUUUCUGUGCACAUUCUGGCUUGUUUUGGUAUGUCGACUGCAGAUUAUGCACCAGGACGAGUGACUUAUCUUAAUAGUCUGUGACAGGUUAACAGGAAGGUGUUUUUAUGAUAAGUCUUGUCUAUAAUGUGUCAAACGAAAUGUUUGGAUCAUGUUUCAAAAGAUUUCUACAGCAACUCUUUUUGGGUAACCGUGGUAAAAAUAGAGACGAAAAGGGGCUGUAUGACCAUUCUAAAACCUUAUAACAAGUUGGUGAGCUUUUUAGGUUCUUGAAAAUCGGAAACAGACAUACAUCUAUCUUGCAAGGCAUUACAGCGUUGUACUGUAAAUAUCUUUCUGGGAAAAUAUAUCUCUAAAGUGUAACCAGCAUCAUGCAUGACUUGUGCCCAAUUUGAAUCCAAGAUUAACUCACCGAGCCGGUUUUGCUUUUUUGUGAUGCGAUGGGUUUGACUUAAAUGGCAAAGAGGAAACAUGCGAUGAUAACCUUAGAACAGCAAAUUAGACCUACUGCCAGCUUGGAAGAGAGCAUUUUGUUAAGUAUUGGUUGCAUACAGAAGUGGAUUUUACCAACACAGUCGUCCCUUGCCCUUCAAAUUUUGCGGCUUUACCAAAGCGCAGAUUUUUAAAAAUAUAUAUAUGUAUUUUUAAAGCAUAUUUUACACUUUUUUGGUCCUUAAUUAAGCAUUUUUAAGCAUUAAAAUGGUUAAAAAAACAAAAAAAUAUCAAUACUAUAGUAGUAUUGGCCACUCUGAGACCAAACUAAUCAUAGAGCGUGCUGUUCAGUAUUGCGGCCACUAAUUGGCUAAGCCACAGGUAGCAUUACUAUAUUGGAUGAGAAGAGUGUAAAGGCAAAUAAAGGGGAUUAUUUCAUGUCUAUAGGGCUCUCAUUAUGUUUAAAAUUUGUAUUUAGAAGGUAGUAAACAGGUUUUAUUGUGCUCUGGUUAUGAAAAUAGAUUUUUUUUACAAAAGUUCAGGAUUUGGCUUACACAAGUCACCAUGGUGUCCUUUUUAUUUUUUACGUAACUGUAAAAAACACAUAGCUGAGAGCAUACUGGCUAAUGACUAGCACAAAAUGAAACAAGAGCACAUUUUUACUGUCCAUUAUGUUGGUGUAUUCAAGAUGCAAGUAGUUUUUACAUUCAUUUAGUUUUAUAAUUCAGGGGUUAACUUAUUUUUAACACUUGUGGGACAAUUCUGGAUGUUCAAAUGUUACUCAAAAAAAGCUCAUGUUUUACGGUAACAACUUAUGUAAAACUUCAACAAGCAUCGAAAAAUGAAUGGUGUUUCAAAUGCGGCACAUCCAAAACAAAUCAAAUUAUUCUUUGGCCUUUUUGAUGUUAUUGAGGCCACAGUGAGGAAGCAAAAAGAAACGGCUCGUCGCUCAUGUUUUGCAACUGUUUUGGACUAUUCGUGGCUUCGUUCAUGCAGCGAGUUAGAGCAGCAGUCAUUUGUAAUGAAUGUGAUGUUUUAUUCUGUUUGAUGCGCUACAGUUGUAAAAGAUGUUUUGGCAGCGUAUUGAUGGCCGCACUUUUGACUAGACCUGUAUUGGUCUUUGUACAGUAUGUGUUGAUGCAAAGUGGUGUAGCAUCUGUGCAUGUUAUAACACAUUUUAAAUGUGUGGAAAAUAUUAAAUAUGUUUUGUACUUUCAGCCUCCUAUUACAAAUUCACAGUAUGUACACACGUUGUGAUAUUGUUCAUACCAGUGCAAUCACAAGCAUCAAUCCAUACCAUCUAUACUAUACUUCUUGUUUGACUGGGCAAAGUUCCACAAGCAGUAGGUUUCAUAGAGCAGGUUAGUCAUUGUUUAGUGCAAAUAAAAGAUCAAGUUUGUUAUGAAUUGCAAGUGUGACAUAGCUGCUCUGUGACACAAUAUGAACAUUGAUUGUGGAAACAUUUUAUUAGGACAUAUCAAAGCACACAGUAGACUUGAAAGAUUAUAAUAAAGUUCAUCCAUCCAUUUUCUACCGCUUGUCCAAAGUAUAUUUCACUAUUUUCUAAGGUGCUAAAGACCAUUCGGUUGUUUUUUCAAGCAAUGUUGGCUGUAUUGAAAGAAUAUACAUAUAGGUCGAAGAUUUGUUUUUAGAACAGUCAUCACUGCUCCUUAAAUUCAGCUAAAAUGACAAAAGCUACACAAAAAUAUUGUUCCUAAAUGAU